CUUGAAUUCAUUAUUUCAAGUCCGGAGGAAGCUCGUGCUGCUUUUUUCCGUACUCCGAAGCCACAGAGGACGCUGAGCGCUCUCUCUCUCUCUGGCUCCGAAAUUUUGGAAUUUUUCAUCGUUUAUAUCGAAUCUGGAGAUUUAUGGAGAAGUACGGAGCUCCAUCGCAGGCGGCCGAGGAGGCAGUGCCCGAUCGGCAGGCAUCUGACCAGGACAGAGAAAAUGGAGGAGAAAUUACACCAGCUCAGCAUUGUAGACGGCCCAACCUUUCCUCUUUAGAAAUACCUGCAAGAACAUUGGAAAAUCAGUUUCCUUCAUCAACAAGAAUUAAUAUAUCUCCAAGUCCUAGUUCAACAAGAGUGGGCUUGCCCCCCCGGCCUGCAUCAGCAAGGACAAAAUCAACUAUCAGGAAUCUGCUUCCGCAAAGGAGCUUUAAGAUAAAAGGUUCAACUCCAGACAGUGAUAGAACAAUCCUCCUCGUUCCAGGAACACCAUCUUCAGAAGGACAAGAUAAACCUUCUACAUCAAAACCAUUCUCUCUUGCCAAGGUUUUUUCCUCUGCAUCAGCAAAAAAAACACAUUCUUUACCCGUGACACCAGUUGCAAGUUCAGGUCCAGAUUCAGGCCAAGAAAGACAUGUGGUUGACCUGUCUAAAUUGGAUAACCAAGAAGUUCGGGCACAAAUCAGACGCUCAUUAUCAGUGCCAGGACUCACCAAAAACAGAAGUUUACGGCGGAUGGAUUCAGUUGCUCUUGUCCGUGUGAUUUCAGCAACCCCUCGUCCUGUUGCUGCUGACAAUGCCACACAAAGUGAUGCUAUAGAGACAGUUAAUGCAACUGAAGAUGAAGGUGAAGACAUUCCUGAAGAAGAGGCGGUUUGCAGGAUAUGUUUGGUUGAACUAGCAGAAGGAGGAGAAACUCUUAAAAUGGAAUGUAGCUGCAAAGGGGAACUUGCACUUGCACACCAAGAAUGUGCUGUGAAAUGGUUCAGCAUUAAGGGGAAUAAGACAUGUGAUGUCUGCAAGCAGGAGGUUAAAAACCUACCUGUAACAUUAUUGAGAAUACAGAAUACUCAGACUGCAAAUAGGCGGCCACCGAAUGGGUUUCAGCAAACAGAAGUUGCUCGGUACAGGGUCUGGCAGGAUGUCCCAGUUCUAGUCAUGGUAAGCAUGCUUGCCUAUUUCUGCUUCUUGGAGCAACUUUUGGUUACUGAUAUGGGUCCACGUGCGCUUUCCAUAUCUUUGCCUUUUUCUUGUGUUUUGGGUCUACUCUCUUCCAUGAUAGCUUCCACAAUGGUGAGAAAAAGUUACAUCUGGGCUUAUGCUUCCUUCCAGUUUGCAAUUGUAAUCCUGUUUGCUCAUAUUUUUUAUAAUGUGUUACAGCUCAGGGUUGCUGCUGUCCUCUCAGUCUUGCUUUCCUCAUUCACCGGGUUUGGGAUUGCAAUCAGUACAAAUUCUUUGCUUGGAGAGUAUUUAAGAUGGAGAAGUAGGAGAAAUCGGCAACUGGCACAUCAGCAGCGGCGGCAGCAGCAGCAGCAACAGCAGCAACAACAUGAUGGCAGACAGCAGCAAGAAUCACGAGACAACCCUGUAGCUGAAUUUGGGGAUGAUGCUGGGCAGCAAGAAGCUCAAAGCCAGAUCCAGAACACUAGUUCUUCACAACAUGGAUGAAAUUGUUUCUGGUGCAGCUCACAGUACCAGGCGCAAGGGGUACAUGGAUGCAGUGAUAGGUGAAUGGCCGACCGGCGCACUGGCACCAAAUGCAAAUUUUCAUCAUGGUUGGACUGCAAGAACAGAAAAAGGCAACCAUAAGAUGAGAGUGAAUAAUCUGUUGUUGAUAAUAUCUAUAUAUGCAAUUAAAGAGGAAUAUCUUUUGUUGUAAAAGGGCCAACUUUUUAUUUUGCUUUCCAAUCGGCUUGUGUAGUGCUCAGAAUGCAAGUAUUGUCAUCCUUUUCAAGCUGUCAUCUGCUUCAGUUUCUUUAUAUAAUGUUGUUUUUGAAAUUGCAGUUCAACAAAUUUCCAGUAGGAGUUUUCUAGGAGUGUCAUAAUUUUGGCUUAUGGUUAAGAAAUUUUAUCAACUAGAACUAUAUUGUGAGCUGCUUCCCUCUACAAGGUAUGUCUAGCAUGUGUAAUGAUAAAUAUUAUAUGAGAAUUUUGCAAAAAAUGCUCUCUUUA